CUAGUAGAGAGAGAUGACGCAAAACAAAAAAACGUCGGUUACCGGGAGAAAGAGGGCGAGCGUCCUGCACGAGGACAGGUGAAUCACCAUGACGACAGAGCCAGGUGAGCCACAGGAGGCCCAGGCCAAAGAGGUGGAGUCUUUCCCUGAAGCCGCCGCCCACUCCACACCAAAACAGGGAGGAGAGGACCGUCCAUCCCAGAGCCAAGCUCAAAGCUCAUUGGCCGAGGACUCGGCGAGUCACCUGUCGUCGAGCAGUCGCAUCACACGAUCUCCGGCAAGAAACCCGUUGAGCUUCAGGACGAUGCAGAGCAAAGUGACACUGCUGGACGGGUCUGUGUUCACCUGCACUGUGGAGAAACGAGCUCGCGCUGUGCAGUUGUUUGAUAAAGUUUGUGAACACAUCAACCUGCUGGAGAGAGACUACUUCGCUUUGUCCUUCAGGGAUGUUGACAACAACAAGAACUGGUUGGCUCCAGCAAAGGAGAUGAAGAAGCAGGUCAGAGGUGUUCCCUGGAACUUCUGCUUUAACGUCAAGUUUUACCCUGCUGACCCCGCCCAGCUCUCUGAGGACAUCACCAGGUACUUCCUGUGUCUCCAGCUCAGACAGGAUAUCGUUUCUGGUCGUCUUCCAUGUUCAUUUGCAACUCACACCGUCCUCGGCUCUUACACCAUCCAAUCAGAGCUCGGAGACUACGAUCCAGAUGAGUGUGGUUCAGAUUACGCCAGUCAACUCUGUUUUGCUCCAAAUCAAACAAAAGAAAUGGAGGAGAAGAUCAUGGAGCUGCACAAAACAUACAGAGGAAUGACACCAGCUGAAGCAGAGAUGCACUUCCUGGACAAUGUAAAGAAACUUUCCAUGUACGGAGUGGACCUUCAUCACGCAAAGAUGGUAGGAAGUCGCGUUGACUGUUUGCCUUCAGCUAAGUCAGAGGACUCGGAGGGCGUGGCCAUCAUGCUGGGCGUGUGCAGUAGCGGUCUGCUGGUCUACAGAGACAGAUUGAGGAUCAAUAGAUUCUCGUGGCCGAAGAUCCUGAAGAUCUCGUACAAAAGGAACAACUUCUACAUCAAGAUCCGACCUGGGGAGUUUGACCAGUUUGAGUCUACUAUUGGUUUCAAGCUGCUGAACCACAGAGCAGCUAAAAGACUUUGGAAAGUUUGUGUGGAGCAUCACUCCUUCUUCAGGCUGCUAUCUCCAGAAGAGACCCCAAAGAAGUUUCUGUCACUGGGUUCAAAGUUUCGUUACAGCGGUAGGACUCAGAUUCAGAGUCGCAGAGCCAGCGCUCAGAUCUCCAGACCUGCACCACAUUUCCCACGAUGCAUCAGCAAGAGGAACAUUCUGAGCCGCAGCCUGGAUGGAGCUUCAAGGCCCACACCCACAUCCUCUCUGAUUGGCUCCCCAGCCAUAACAACGUCCCCCAAAACCAACGGUGGUACACACACAGAUAUGGGGGCAGGGCUGUACGGAGCGUCUAAAGCCAUCGCUGUCAGUGACCUCAUCACCACGAUAACGCCUGAGAGGACGAUGGAGGAGAGGAAGGCGGACCAAGUUGAGGAGGUGCUGGUGUUGGAGGAGGAGUUGCAAGAGAUGAUGGAGGUGGAUAAAGAGGAGGAGACCGUAGCGACAGAUAUUUCUCAGCAGAGUCCUCCGACUCCUCAGAAACAGGACACCAAGACUGAACUGACUGAUACAGCUCUGGACGGAGAGCUGACAGCGACCGAGUCUGAUCAAGAUGAAGAUUUGAGGACUCAGGAGACAUUGGGGAGUCCAGAGGAGGAGAAGAAACCCCCGAGCACCAUCAGCGCCCUCAGACGCUCUUUCUUGGAGGGAGGGGGGGAGGGAGGAGGGGGAGGGAUGACGGAGUGGGAGAAACGUCUAGCCUCCUCCCCCCUACGACGGGUCGACGACUCGCCCAUGAUCGAACCGCUGGAACCGGACGAGCCUAAACCUACAUUUGAUGAAAUAUCUCCUGAACUGACUGCUCUGCUGAACUCGGCCAGAGAACAAAAUACCUUCAAAGAACACAACCUACUGAAGACAUCAGAGAAGGUGGAGACCAUCUUCCUGAUGACAGAACCAUGUGACCAGGACCAGCCAAUGGCAGACCAUCCUCAGGAGGUCCCAGUGAUGAGGAAGACUCUCACAUAUGAAGCCCCUGGGAGCCAAGCAGACACUGAUCCUCCUGCAGGCUUGCUGUUGAGCUCACAGACGUUUACUGCAGAGACACCCAACACUACCACCACCACACACAUCACCAAGACCGUUAAAGGAGGAAUUUCAGAAACCAGAAUCGAGAAGAGAAUCGUUAUUUCUGGAGACACAGAAAUUGACCAUGACCAGGCUCUGGCGGCGGCGCUCAGCGAAGCACGGCGGCAGCAUCCUGAGCUGUCAGUCACACGAGUCGUCGUCCAUAAAGAAACAGAAGUUUCUCGUGUGAUUGAUUAGUGACGUCACAGGUAACAGGACUGAAUCUAGAAGACUCUGCAUUAUGGAAGUUGUAGUCCAAACUACGGAGCCAACUACAGUGGUCAUUAAUGGACCUGAGGAUUUACACACACACACAAGCACCUGUCUGUCUGACGAAGGCGGGCCUUCACAUCAGUUAGCAUUAGUUUGAUAGUAAGAUUAGAUCUAGUUAAAGCUUCCUGACAGCAUUUACAGACACAUUUCAGUCAACCACUGUUCUGUAAGUAACAUUUUCUAUGACGCACAUGUCUUUAAUACGUUAUAAACAUACUUAUAAUCACUGUUAUAAUGCAUUAUAGAAAAUGUUACCAUAAUAUUUAUACAACACACAGGUGACAGACAGACAGACAGACAGGCAGGCAGGCAGACUUUCACAGCAGCAGCCUGAGCCGGUCGACCACAGAUGAACUUUCACCACAAAGCAACUCUUGAACAAGCCCCGCCCCCACACGUCUGAUUGGUUGGUUGAAUCAGGUCAUUUUGCUUCAGCUUUUUAACAUUCAGUUAUCAGUUUGCAUCACUUCUGUAAUAAGUAGGGCUGCACCGAAUACCUGUUUUUUACAUGUACAUGUAUUCUUUAAGUUUAGCCUUAUGAAACAGAAAUGACAAUAAAAUAAAUCAGAACAUUUCAAAUUAAAGUGUUUGCAGCAGAAUAUUUGUUAGAUAAAAACAAUAAAUGUUGAAUUUUGGACUUUAAACGCUGUGGAGUUAUCAGAAAUGUUUGUCACUAGUCUGAGACAAUCCUACGCAGCCACCUCUGGAAUCUAAUUUUACUUUUAGUAUAAUACUAAUAAUAUUAGUGUUGCCUCAUCUUUAUCUGACACUGUGCAGAUACUUUAAACACAGUCAGCACACAUGGUGCGCAGCAUUCGAAUAUUGAUUUAUAAUUUUAAAGUCGAAGUUAUGAAUUAAUCUAUUUGGUACAGCUCUAGUAAUAAAAACCUCUGUAGUGGGUCUUUUAUUCUGUCAGUCUGGUGCAAAUUGUUUCCCAUCUGAAAUGUAAAAUAGCAUGAUUGCUAGUACUGUAACCGCUCACUGUAUAGCAGCUCAAACUCAGCUCUGUAUUUAUCCAUAAUGCAAUAGUAAUGUGCCAUUGUUUCAUCUCACCAUGGAAACCCUCGUUAUGAAUUAUUUUAUUCACCUAUCUAUGUAUUUAUUAAUUUUUGUGUGUAUUUAUUUACUGAUCUGUGUUUGUAUCUAAUCCUAGACUGACCUCUCCCUGUGUAACUUAAAGCUGACCGUACACUGUACGAUGUUUAAUUCCCACUCCUACUGUAUAAGUAAACAAUCUGCGAUGUAAAGCCAGAGAUUUAUGUUUCUCACCCUGUACAAAGUAGAAAAUAAAACGGACUAGUUCUGGCUAUUGACAAUUGUCAAUAAAGAUUUGUUUAAAAGCUCCGAGGCAGGUAGAAGUUUGCUAGCGGAUGUCAGUAACGUUCACGAUAACGCUAACUAUCAUCGUGCAUCCUGUGUGCUGAAACUCCUAAAGGAGCCAGUGUAUAUCGACACGCAGGAGGAACACGUGGACAAUAAGGUUUGUCGUUGCAGAGAGAAUCCGAGGUUAUUAGCUACAUUUUACUGAAAAGAUUGUACAUUGUUAACUAUUAAGGCAUAAUGUGAACUUGGGGAAUCGACUGUGCGAGAGCCCCCCUAUGUACACUGGGAUUAAAUUCCUACAGAGUUCGCUCAGCUUUAUAGACUGACCACUCCCUCACAUUUUUUCAUUAUGAUAAAUAAAAAUUUACUGAAUGUGUCUUUACCCACGAAACUCGAAUAAAAUGGUUAAUAAACGAC